AUGACGAGCUUUCUGGGAAACAAUAAGGGUCUCGUGGACUUUGACCAAAAGAGUCUUGCCAUCGCAGCAGCGUCAAUUGCGUUCAACCCGAUCUUCUGGAACACUGCAGCACGCCAAGAAUAUCACAACAAAGUCCUCACUAAGCUCGCCGGCGGCAAUUCUCGAUAUGCCUGCUAUGGCCUGGCGGUAACCAUCUUCUCCCUCGGGAUAUUCCGCGACUUCCUUUACGAACGAGCCCUUCGCGCCCAACCUUCUCAUCCCCUUCUCGAAACGGAUCUUGCAAAGUACCUUGCAUACGCUCUCAUCGCCGGUGGUAACACUCUCGUCAUCUCUUCUAUGUGGGCGCUCGGCGUAACUGGCACAUACUUGGGUGAUUACUUUGGGAUUCUGAUGGAUGAUAUGGUUACUGGAUUCCCAUUCAACAUAUGCGGUGCUCCUAUGUACUAUGGCUCCACCAUGAGUUUCCUAGGCACCGCACUUUGGUUUGGAAAACCUGCAGGUGUGCUUUUGACUGCUGAAGUAUUGAUCGUCUAUCUUCUUGCCUUGCGAUUCGAGGAUCCCUUUACUGGAGCCAUCUACGCCAAGAGAGCCCAAGCCCAACAGAAGCGCCCAAAGAAAGAAUUGUAG